UUUCCUUCAUUCUAUUUGGCUUUGGCAUUUCCCUUUGACAUUUCAAUUCAAUUUUGUUUAGUGAAUUUCAUUUUCGUUUUGCGGUAUCAUAAAAUUCUGCAAUUACAUGAUAUUCGGAUGUUAAUACUGAUUAGAAAGCCUUAUUAAAUAUAUAUAUUUAUUUUUGUUGAAAGUGCUAGAAAUCUGCAGCCGUGGCUGAAGACAUGAAACCAAGCGGAGGUGGUGAUGACUACGAGGAACCGGAGCAUUUACGAAAAUUAUUUAUUGGUGGCCUUGACUUCAGAACAAAUGAUGCCUCAUUGAAGGAAUUCUAUGAACAAUGGGGCGAAAUUGUAGAUGUAGUAGUUAUGAAAGACCCUCAGACGAAAAGGUCAAGGGGAUUUGGUUUCAUUACUUAUUCUCGGGCUCAUAUGGUGGAUGAUGCACAGAAAAAUAGACCACAUAAGAUAGAUGGAAGAGUGGUGGAACCAAAAAGGGCUGUGCCAAGAGAAGAAAUAAAGAGGCCAGAUGCUGCAGCCACGGUUAAGAAACUCUUUGUUGGUGGCCUUAAACAAGAAAUAGAGGAGGAAGAUUUAAAAGAGUAUUUUAGCUCAUAUGGAAAUAUAGUUUCUGUAAGCUUAGUGACUGAAAAGGAUACAGGGAAGAAGAGGGGCUUUGGUUUUGUUGAAUUUGAUGACUAUGAUCCUGUUGACAGAAUAUGCUUGCAUCCAAACCACAAAGUGAAAGGGCACCGCUUGGAUGUAAAGAAAGCCCUUUCGAAGUCAGAAAUGGCGGCUGGCGGGCCCGGCGGUGGCGGCAGCAGCGGAGGCGGCGGAGGCAGGCGGGGUGGCGGCCGCGGCGGGGGCUGGGGCAACCGACAGAACCAGGAUUGGGGCAACUCAGAUGGCGGUGGCUACAACUCAGGCUAUGGUCAAGGUGGAUGGGGAAACCAAAAUCCAUGGGACUCCAACAAUGCUGGAGGAAAUUGGGGAAAUCAGGGAUAUGGGGACCAAGGAGGCUGGAAUCAGCCUAACAGCAAUUUCGGGACUGGAUACCAGCAGGGUUAUGGCGGUGGUCCAAUGAGGCCUAACUACAAUACGUCCAGACCACAGCCUUAUAAUAACUCAGCGGAUGGUUUCGAAGGUGGCGGCAGUGGAUACGGCAGCGGCGGCGGCGGCGGUGGUGGCAGCGGCGGCCCUGGGUACAACAACAUGGGCAACCAGGCCCAGGCUGGCAACCAGCGCCGGUUCUAAACCACGACUGUCCUCUUGUCUCAAGUUGCGCUUAGUUGAAGCUAGGCAGGCAGACGGUAGAGUAGUACGGGAGGUAGGCCAGGAGGUCAGCUAGCUAGUGAGGGACAAGCGGACUUAGUGAAGCGACUGCAUUACAUAGUCAUUUUACUUUUUUUUUCUCCUUCAAUUAAGGUUUGUUCACAAUAAGGUACUGUGUAGGCACUAGAUUCAUUUUUCUAUUAAUUGUUAGUCUUUUAGCACGCAAUCACAGUUUUUACAUUUUAAUUACCACUUUUUAAUUACUUUCCGCACGACUAUGUGAGGUAAUGCAAUUUUAAAUUAAACCCUGUCCAAGUCCAAUUGGAUGAUAUGUACUGUAAAAGCUGUGGCAUAACAUUAUAUUUGCGUUUUUAGUCAUUAAGUGAGGAGAUUUAUAUUAUUUCUGUUAAUAUUUUAAUGUUAAAAUUGUAGAUUAUAUUUUAUUCUUUUUCAAUAUAUCGUCCAUGAUUAGAUAGAUAGCUAUAACAUUCCAAAAUAAUGAAAAUAUAUUAUUGAAUGAAAGCGAUGUGUUAAAGUAUCUAUAAUUUAUGACAACGCACUUGUGAGCACCAGUCAAGUGU